AUGUUUAAUCCCAUCCGCAAGCUCUUAAGUUUCUGGAGCGCCGCCGAUGCGAACGUCACCACAUCGUCCAACGACGCAUCAACCAAGGAUGUAGCGACUGAGAGCACAGCGUACCGGGCCGCCUGCAAUCACGCCGCACCUCCUACACGGUACGCGAGCGGCGUGUUCAACACCACACCGUCUCCGCCGCCCAAUGCUGCGCUAUCAGCAUACCUGUUCUCACAAGUGAAGAACACCAACACGUCUACAUCGAGGAUGAGCAACAUCCCGCCACCGCCAUUUCCCAUGUUCAGUGCGCCGACUGGCAACGCCACUGACGACGCUUCUACCACAUCGGACGACAUCGACAUGCCAGAUGCUACGCCGAUGUCGCCUCUGACGCCUCCAAUAACACCAGCCCGUGAUGGUGAUGAUAUCCGACCUUCGGUCGAGACACCAGCCCAAGAAGACGUUCACAGCGCAACCGCCGUAGACGACGACACUCGCGAGUCGCACAAUGACACCACACCACCUACAUCUCCGGAACAUGACGACCGUAUUCCUUCUCCACCACCGCGCCAACAAGACCGCCAACAGACGACACCCCCAUCAGAGCCCUUGCCAAACUGGCUAGACGAAAUCGUCAUCGAAGAAGACACCCCCGAGAACAACCUCCCAGUCGGCUACAUGGGUACAUUCCGCGGUAGCCGGCACUUCAUCCCAGAAUACCCCGGUAUGAAACGCUGCAGCAACCAAGUCACUCACCUCCUCCUCUGCGGCCACUGGAUCGACAGCACCGAGCCCUGCGGCGGAAACUGCAAAAAGCAAGACCACACCCACAAACAGUUCAAAUGCCCAACCUGCAACGACAUUGUCCGCAAGAUCCUCACAGGCUCCUUCUCGCCCGCUGACUCGAUGAGACUGAGGGAGUUCAGGAAGCAGAAAGAUGUUAAGUUUCUGGCUUGCUGUGUCGAGCAGGUCGUUCGUGCGGCACCGGAACUCAAGAACGGUGUCACGGAGGCUGUGGCUGGUUUUCUGUACCCGCCGGACUAUGUGCGUGCGUGUGAGGCGGCUGAGAAUCCUGAUCCGAGUGGUCAUGAUACUAUUGAGGGCAUUGUGCGUGAUAUGCAGGAGCGGUAUGAGCGGAGGAGGAGGGAGGGAGAGGAGGAGGUGAAUACGCGCGAGAAGAGGGCUAGGGAUGAGGAUGCGAGUAAUGAGACUACCGAUGCGGAAACACAGUUGAACGGGGAUACCGUGGAGGGUCGUAAGCGUGAACGAAACGGCUCAUCCGCGGGUGACGAUCAGACGCACGACACCGCACCUCCUACCAAUAAGAAGCGCAAGACGUCCCUAGAAACUCACCGCGAACCCAUCACACCCUCUACCCGCGGCACGAAGCGUCGGUCCCCAUUCUCGACACCCUCUCCGUCUUCUUCAUCCGACGACGCCGCCGAUUCAAACGCCUCGCCCUUCGCAUACCUCCCCACCCCCAACUUUAAACCCCCCUCCCCACCAUAUUCAUCACCACCCCCAAAGAAGAGGGUCUUCGAGAAGCCCGAUCACGCAUUUGGUGAGGCCAGCUUCGUUAUUGCGGCGCCUCAUGUUGUGGGGCCCCUUAUGCGGAAGCGUCAUGCUGAUGUUUAUGUCGAGGGGGAUAUUGAGCGGGAGAGUAAGCGGAGGAGGAGCUCAACGCGGGUGCAGGAGAACAAGUGUGCGGCAGAGAGUGAGAGCGAACGUGCAAAGAUGAGUCCGAACGGGUUUGAGGCUUUCAGAAGGGCGUGGGAUGAGAGGGAAGAGGAGGAGGAGUGUGAGUUGUAG